GCUUGGACCCAAAACGGCGUCGGUGCCUCCUCGAAGAUCCCGAUGUGCAGGAAACGUUCUAUGUGAAUGAUCCAAUCCAUGGUUUGAUCUGCUUGCCUGGGGUCGUGAAGCCAGCACUACCGCUCUCAUCAGGUUGGAAUAGGUUGGAUUGCGAGCAGUUUGGCUCAACAUCUACGACCUCAACGAGGCAUUCUCAAUCCUCAACCAGGUCUUUGCUCGCGCCGGGGCAGGGAUAUUCCAUGCUGCCGUUGAGGAUUUCUGAGGUGGAUGGUCUGGAGUGGGCAUUUGGAGAUGCGGACGAGGACGACGUGUCCGGUGUGUACUGCGCCCUGCCUGAAAAAGACCGUGCCUAUGAGUACAGGCAAAAGGUGUAUCUGGGAGAGACCGGCCUGGCCUGA